UUCGCGAAAAAGUAUCAGCUGUGUUGCAAAAUAAAAAUUUUUCGUCUCAAAAAAUUCCACAAAAUUUUAGUCCAUAAGGAAAAUCUCGUAGUGUGAGGAAGUAGCAACAAAUUACUAAUUAGGGGCCACAGGAGUGAGAGUGAUUGGAGUUUUAGUCAAAGAAGGAAAUGCAAGUCUGCAUCUCUGGGGAAUAGAAGCACCUGCCAUUAGAAUCGCUAUGGGAUGGGGCAAAUUACCUGCCCUUGUGCUUGUCGAGAUUUACGGGUACCUUGAGCCCCAUGAUCGUCUUCAGGCAUCCUCCGUAUGUAGACACUGGCGUCACACACUUUUCCAUCCAAGGUUCUUUGAGAAAGCCACCUUCAUUGUGGGGCGCAAACAUGAGGCUCGCAAUGCAUUUUACCUGCAGCACCUGGCCCACCUUGUCAGUGCCACGUCCAUCAUUUUUGACUCAGGCAGCACACAAGCUGUUCAGCGUGCCAUGGAGAUUCUCAUGACAAUCUGCUCAACAAAUGACCGUCUUGUGUCGCUCACACUAAGACCCACCCAGAGUCAGUUUGUCCUGCCGAGACAGUAUGCGGCCGAUAACUUCAUCCACAGCGGCCUCAUUGAGCCAAUUAAGAAGAUUCUGGGUAGGCGUAAUCCUUCCCUGCAGUACCUCAAUCUCGGAUGCUGUGAGCAGCUCGCUGUUUACUGUUCGGAAUUUCUGCGUGCCCUCGCAUGCCCCCAAGAAAUGCGCUUACUUGCCAUUGGAUCUGUUAAGGAGAACCCAGGAUUCUACUACGUAAGCAGCCUGGAAGCGAGCCUCUUUGACAAGUGCACCAAUCUACGUCUCCUCUCACUUGACUAUGAUUUCUUCAGUGAUGAAUUAUUGCGCGUACUUCAGCUACUCAACCUCAAGCGACUCAUUCUGCACAUUCAUGCUUUCGACAAGAAUCACGCUGGUACAACCGAGGGGGCCUGGAGGAGCUUUCAGGAGCAUAAUCCACAAGCUGAGCUUCGCAUUAAUCUCGUGAGUUUAACUACAAAUCUUAAUGCUUGUGAAGCAAUAAAGUACCUUCACAGCCAUAUUCUGCGCGAGAGUAUGCCAUUGUCGCAUCUGAAAGUACUCUUUUGCAAAAAUAUGAACCCCCAAGCAAUUGAUUUCAUAUCGCAACACUACAAUAAGACCCUCAAAAGCCUCACAUGGGUGGAUGCAUCAUUCGACAUUGAGGAGGCGGAAUUCUUCUACCUCACCUCCGAUCAGGAUCCCCUCGUUAUGAUGGCGUGGCGAUGCGCCAAACUCGAAGAGAUUGUCCUUCAUGGGUACCUCCUUGAUGUCCACAAUCUCGUUGGUAUUGCACGUUUACGGGGAAAAAAUCUCAAACGCUUCGAAGUUGCCAAGUUCGAUCUCCUGCCCAAUCCACUUCUCGUGUCGUUCCUCAGUGAAAUUAAGCGUCUGAUGGUUAAUGAGUGGCACCCAAAGCGGGAUAAAGAAUUGCAUCCUGCUCUGUCUGGCUGUGGAUAUUCAAGCGAUAGUGCACGAGAUAAGUAUAUAAUGGAAAUAACUCAGAAAGAUAUCCAAGAAUUAGAAAAUUGAAAAUGUCAAAGACACUGAAACAGAGCUAAGUCGACUUGCUGCCACUUAAUUAAUUUACUAUUUAAUACAAGAGAAGAAAGUAUAUAGUUUUAUAGCAGAUGGAUCGCAGAUAAUUUACACUCACUCCGAAUUAUUAAUAUUUACUACAUGAUAAAACAAAUAUAAUGCACUACAUAUUAGGAAAUUCCUUGGGCAUUUGCACAUUUAAAAGGAAAACCAUGCACUUUUAUUUGGAAUUUCUCAUAAAAAUAAGAGUUUAAAAAACAAUCAAGCAAAAAAAAUCGUAAAUUUGUCAAGUUUUUCGUGUGUGAUGACAACGUGCGGGUGAUUUGUGCUUAUUAUUCCAACAAAAGGAUGAAAAGAUCUUUGAAACAAUGUGAUACAUCUUUUAAGAAAAGAAAAAAAAAACGGGGAAAUGCAACACAAGGAAAGCUAAAAUACAAACAGAAAUAUAUAACUACGUAGAUGUUAAGAGCGAAAGAAAAAAAGGCGUUCGAUAGGAAUUAAACGAAUAUCAUAAAUGAUGAACGAAUAACAGAUUUUAAGGCGCAAAAUUACAUCAAGGGUUUGCAAAAGAAAAUCAUCACGCGUAUAAAAUGUUUUAUGUAUGGGAAAGGGCGUCGAAUUUUUCAAAGGGGGACAGAUGGGAUAUUCUAUAUGAUAUAAAAUAUGUAAUUUAUUAACAACAAAAUGAAACACUUUUUUUAAAAAUAUAUUAAGAUGACAGAAAUUGCAAAUUUUUUCCAUAAAUAAAAAGAAUCUGUAGGUCCUAGAAAUAAAAAAAAACUUUUGCAAAGUUAUUGGCGAUAGGAGCAUCCCGAAGAAAGCAAUUUUCGCACCCCACGAGAUGGAAAAUUACUCUAUUCAACCUAUAUAUAGUGCGAAAAACAACUUCAAAGAAAAACACGAAACUAUUUUAUUUAAUAUUUUUUUUAAUGUAGGGAAGUCUUCUAUUUUUGCUUGUUCCUUUACUUUUUUAAAAAUUAAAAAUUCAGAGUCUCCAGUAAAGAAAUCUAAAGAAACACCAAAAAUUAGAAUUGCACAAAUUCAAAUCUUCCAAUUUAUUAGCUCAGUAAAUUCAAUCAACUUUAAAAAAAACUAAUCCUUGAAUAAAUUUCAGGCUACCCCUCCUCACCGUAAAAAAACUCAAUUUAACUAACUCUACUUUCUAAUACAUCAUUUGUUAAAGUUAACCAAAAAUUAAUUUUUUGAAUAAAGAAAUAUUUUAGGGAAAUUCGUCGUAAAAGCGGUCGGGAAGGGGAAAGAAAAAUGUAUUUUUUCUGCAAUCAGCGACGUUCUAGGAAUAAACAAAUCCUUUGAAACGUCGCUGCUUGCAGAAAAGUUGCAUCUUUCUUGCCCCUUCCCAAUCCCUUUUCUGACGAAUUUCCCUCAGAUCUUUUUUGUUCAAAAAUUUAAUUUUUCCUAAAGUUUCACAACAGAGCUAAAACAGUUUCUUUUUUUACUAAACUAACUUAAACAACUUUAAGUGUUGCCUCGAGAUAGUUUUAAAACGUUUGAGGAAAAAAUGUAAAUUAGAAUCUCUCAAAUUUCCUUCGCGCUUUGCAGUUAAAAAGAAUUACAAAGACAUUGUGAGACUCUGAAUGCAAAUUUCGUGCAAGUUACUUUCUUUUCUUUUUGCUUUUAAGAGCUCACACUUUCUUAAAUUCGUUUUUUGUUGAAUAUUUAAUUUUAACUGUGAUGAAUUUGGACGCAAUAUCUCAAUAUAUUUAUUAACCACUAACCUACUUUUUCACGUUUUGCAAUUUUCGUGCUGUUGUAUUGAUGUGAAUUUUACAAACAUUGCCAUUAUAAAAAAAACUAUUAUUAAAAAGAACUUGUACGACAAGAUUUUUGGUAUAAAGCAAAAUGGGAAAAAAAAUAUUAUUACAAAAACACACAUUAUGAAUGUGUGUGAAAAACAAAAUUAUUAUGUAAAAGAAAUUAAAUUAAAAUUAAAAUGAAAAAAAAUAACAAGUAACUCCUAAUCACAAUAUUAUUAAAUAUAAAAGAAAAAAUAUAUAUUAUAAACGUGAAAUAUUAAUAUAAUAUUUAACCAAUCUUUACUAAUAUGUAUACACAAAAGCAGCUGCAAAAGAUCAGCUUCGAAAGAAUAAAAAAAAUAUUUAUGAAAGGAAAUCAAAAAUAACAUGAAUAAUGAAUGUUAAAAAAAUUCGAAGGAUUUGAUUAAUUCUUUUUUUAAAUUAUAAAUUCCAUUUUUCUUAUGAAGAAAUUACAAAAAAUAAAUAAAUAAAACAAUAGUAAAUCUGAAAUAAGAUAAUUGCAAAAGAAGAAAAAAAAAACGUGUGAUAAUAUUUUGUAUUUAGUAAUGAAUCAUUUCGAAAUGAUUGCUACAUUCACUGAAAAAGCACCAUAGUAUGAUUUUUUUUCUUUUAGGAAAAUAACUUUUUAUUUUCUUAAAUUAAUUCUCAAAUAUAUAGAGAGAAAGAGAAAAAUAUCGAGAUAACAAAACAACAAAAUAAAGAAUCUUUGAAUAUACAGUAUAGUCUUAAUAAGGAAAUAAAAAAAUUAUAAAUGAUGCUGAAGGGAGGAUUACGAAAGAAUAACAAAAAAAGAACAUUGCAAGAAGUUAUUAGGGGUCGUUUAUACAUUAAAAAAAAACAGAAACAACUCUCUAGUCACCAACACUUCCAGGUUUUCCAUCGAGUCAUUAAUAGAAAUGAAAGAUAAAUAAAUAAAUUAAAAAAAAAGGAAAAAUUGUGUGAAAGAUGAAAGUGUGUUAUUAAGGAAAUCAUAAAGAAGAAUGGGAAUUUGUAUAAUGCUAUCAAGUGCCAAAAAAAAACAAACUAUAAGACAACACAGAAGAGUGAAUUCUGCAAGAUAAGAAGUGAAUACGCAACAACAAAAAAAAAAGAGUUUUAUGAAUGAGAAAUGCGAGGUGGUGUGUUUUGCUACAACUUAAAAUACAAAUUUAAAACAAAAAUGAGAAAAAAAGAAUGUUGAGAGAGAAAAAAUUAUAAAAUAACAACUUAGAGAAGCAAAGUGAAUUAAUAAGAAAAAAAGCCUGAUGUGAUAGCAAGUAACAAAUAUGAAUUUGCGAUGAAGUAACAACUAGGGGAAUAAUAAUUAUAUAUUUAUAAUGAAGAGAAACAAACAAACAAGAAUAGACAAUUUAAGAGCAAAAUGUUUAGUAACAUCUCAAAGACAAAUUAUAGUGAAACAUAAACGAAAAUAAAUAAAAACAUUUAAUAGAUUUAUGUAAAAUCUCACUAAAAGAGACCAAGAUCCAAAACGACCAAAAAACCACGCUGUAGACUAUAUUGGGGAAGGGGCGAAGAAAAGAAAAUGUUUUGAGAGGAAGAAAAAUCGAACAUCAUUCAAUUCCUUUUUUACAUUACAUUAAACUUUCUUCUCAGAACUUUAUCAUAAUUUUCUUUUUUUUUAAUAUAAUUUGCAAUCGGUCGUUAUGCAAUCAACCACAUUUUGUAGGUUUUACAUAAAAAAACAAAAUAUCGUAAAUAAUGAGAAGAAAAGAGGUAGAAACAACACACACAUGAUAAAAUAUACUGCAAAGAAAAACCUCUUUACAGAGAUAGCAAACGUUUUUAAUAUCCUACACAGAAAUACGCCUUGGCAUGGAAUGCAAAAAUUAAGUUAAUUAAAAAAAAAGAAUUUAGACAUAUUACUCAAAAUUGAUGGGAUUCAGUUGAAUAGUCAGUGAAUUGAAAAUUUUGAAUUUGUAAUAUUAAAGGAAGGAACUAUGCCGUUCUACUUUUUGCUUGAGAUCAAAAAGGAUAGAACGAAUAGAAUCAAUGAAGGAUGUGUAGAAUAGAAUGUUUAGAGAUCUUGUUCUUGGUCAGUUAAUUGAGUUUUGGCCUUUCGGUAAAUUCCAUAAAAUUGGACUAGCCACCGUGCGAAGUUGCUUUAAAUAGGAGAAUAGGAAAAUUCGAAAAAUCACAAAUACUUUCUUGUUGAUCCGGUCUUCGUCAGUGGAGUUUUCUUCUUAACCAGGAAAAAGAAGAAAACUCCACUGACGAAGACCGGAUCAACAAGAAAGUAUAAACACCCACGUCAGAAUUUUAAACAUUCAAAAAAUCACAAAAUUAUAAUAUUUUUCAAAAGAAUCGUUUUUGAAAUUCAAAAAUGUUGUGAAAAUAUUAUUUUAAUUGAAUUUCGGACUUUAAGGGGUUGACGGCUGAUAAGAAUCCUGGCCUGAUUUUUUUCAGGAAUGAGCUCGAUUCUGAUAAAAAUCUUUUCUUUUCUUACAAUUCGUCAGUCAUAAGAUUUUCUUUAUUCUGGGAAAUGGGAGCUUUUGAAGGAAAAUUUAUUUUUUAGAGCUCAUAAAAGAUCUUUCUGACUGUUUUCUGGAACAACAAAAUAUCAAAAUCUUACAACUCUUAAGUUGUUAGAAAAGAAAAGAGAUAUUUUUUUUUAUCAAAAUCGACCCUAAUGUUUUACAAAAUCUUACUUCAGAAUGGUCUAAAAAGUCAAUUUCUCAACCAAAAUUCUUGAAAUUUUGCACAAAAAGUUCUAAAAGAGCUAUUACUUUAUCCGAGAUUUAUUAUGUUUGAAUACCUAAAUCUUUAAUCUUUCUUUGAAUGACAAAAAAAUUGAAUUUGAUUUUCAAGUUUUAUACUUUAAUAUAUGUGAAGCAUUCGGCCAAAAAACUAUGUAACUGACAAAGUUCAUUGACUCUUCAAUUUAAAUGAAUCUCAAUUAAAUUUUUGACAAAAAAAGACCGAAUAGCUAUAAAAUGUACUGAAAAAAAAUAUUAAGAAAGAAUUAAAAAUAAACAAACAUUCUACAAAAUAAUGUGCUCAAAGUGCAUUAUAUAAUUUAAAAAACAACAUAACAUAUAAGACCUGCACAUGGACGACAUUCACAAAGAACGGUGUAAUGUACGCCAUGGAAAAAAAAUCUGUGUUAAAAUGCAAAAAAAAAACUACACAAAGCUCCAAAUAUAGAAUUCACCUUAUAAGAAAAUAUAAUGCAUAAGAAGUAAAACAAUUUUUGGAAGAGUGGGAAAGUCGAAGAUACAAAAAAAGCAUGCAAAAUACAACAACAAAUAAUUACUACAGAGCUGUGAUAUUGUGAAGUACGAACAUCUCUAACUAAGGAAGAAAAAAAAACAACAAAACACACAACAAUUUACUAGCUAAAAGAAUGAAAAAAAAAAUAUUACAUCGUGAUAGAAGAUGAUAAACAAUUGAGGAGAAGAAAAAUUUGUAGUAUCCUGGAGAAAAUGAGAGAGUAUGUGAUAAAAGAAAGAAGUUUAGAGAAGAGCAACAAAAAAUAAUGAAAAGUGGUGUAAACGCAAGGAUAUUGUGAAAAGUAUUUAAAAUUUUUCAUUUUCUUAUUUCUUGUAAAUUUUUUUUCACAAAUCAAACAUUUAAUUUUAUACUUUCAUUUUUACAAAAAAAGAAAUAUCGGUAGGAAAAAGAAAGGAGAUGUGAAUGAAUUUUAUAAAAUUCCAUUUUUGAGAGUUAGAAAAUUAAAUUUGGGAAAUGAACAAGAAGAUUCUUUGAACUAAAAAAAAAAAACACCAAGAUCGUAAGAAAGUAAAAAAUAAUAAAAAACACACCCGGUGUCAAUAUCUAAUAGGUAAUAUAUAAUUUAUAUAAUAAUAAAACAAUUUAAAAUUCAAAAAAAUGUAACAAGAAAUAAACAAUAAAAUAAAAUGGAAUAA